AAACCCCACAGCAGGGAAUGUGCACAGAGGACACGAACCUUGAACCACGACAUCUGAGAACUGUUAGGAGCAUUUCAGUGAGGACGACACAAUGACCUGGAAAAAUAUACCUAAGAAGACAAUAUUUAUCCUCAUUGUUGUCUUUGCUGUCAGUUUUGCAUUGCAGCAAAUGAGCACCCACAAGUGGACCAUGGAGACCUUCCACUUUGGAUGUCCUACCCUCCGUACUAACCCAGCCCCAGGCCUGAAACCAAAACACACCAACAUCGUGUUCCUCAAGACCCACAAAACUGCCAGCAGCACUAUGCAGAACUUGCUGUUUCGUUUUGCGGAGCGUAACAACCUGACGGUGGCGUUGCCUGUACAGUCCUGUGGUCAUCAGUUCUGUUAUCCAAGUAUUUUCAAAUCUCACUUUGUCCAUCCACACACACUGCCAGCAAACAUAAUCACGAACCAUAUGCACUUCAGUAAGACCGCUUUACAAGACCUGAUGCCGAACAACACAAUAUAUGUCACAAUUAUAAGAGAGCCAACCUCCAUGUUUGAGUCCUUGUUCACUUACUACAGAAACCGCUGUCAGAGCUUCAAAAGGGUCCUCAAUGGUUCUUUGGAGGCUUUCUUAAAUAAUCCCUUCAACUACUACCGACCAGAAGAGGGAGAUUCUAUGUAUGCACACAACAGCUUGACUUUCGACUUGGGAGGAGACAAAGAUCGUCCACCAACAGAUGUGGCGUAUGCACAAGCCUUUGUGGCAGAGGUGGAACGAGCGUUCUCCUUGGUGAUGAUUUCAGACUAUUUUGAUGAAUCUCUAGUUCUCCUUCGGCAUCUCCUCUCUUGGGAUUUAGAUGACAUUCUGUAUCUCAAGCUCAAUAUGCGGGCAGUAACUUCUAAGAAGAGCUUGACACCAGGUCUUUCUGCAAAAAUCCGUGCCUGGAAUUCCAUAGAUGCGUACCUUUAUGACCACUUUAAUGCCUCACUGUGGCGGAAACUGUCAGCUCUAGGUCUAGCCUGUGUGUCGAGGGAGGUGCAACUCCUUCAGCAGCACCAAGAGAGGGUGAUGAGAGACUGUUUUGGUGGAAAUAGGCCACUUAUCCGUAUUGGUGGCAAUAUCAAAAACGCAGCUCUCCGCCCCUGGAAGCCUGAUAAAGAUGUUGACAUAGUUGGUUACGACCUCCCUGCAAAUAUCAGCCAUGAGAUGCGGGAGAUCUGCCUCAAGUAUAUCAUGCCGGAACUGUCAUACACACAGAUGCUUCUUCGUUCCCAGUCACAGCGGUACCUUGAAAACCAUCGGAUUCAGAGUCCCCCCAAGUCACAAAAUCUCCAACAGCCCAAACAACCUAUUCUGCCUCGGGAUUCUCAGGUCCGUCCCAAUCAACCACCAGCCCCUGGUGCUUAUGACCCUGUUUCAGUGGUAGUCAAAUCAACCCUAAACCCUGUAGCAGAGAUCAAAAAGGUAGAGGAUAAACCUUGAAAACUAUUCAGGCCCCAUUGCAUUCCUGAGCAUUCGUUCAGGCCAUCAAAUAAAAAUAAAAAAAAUUCAAUCAUUUUUUUAUCAAUCCAGUAAAAUACUUUUAGGGCCAGUCCCAAUACACCCGCUAGCCCUACUUUUCAGCCCUACCCCUAAAUUUAGCGCGUUCCCGUGAGGGUAGUGGUGUCCCAAUUCCUCUUUGCAUGUAGAGGUAGUGUGCAUAUCGAAGGCUAGGGGGUAUGAAUCUAGCCCUUCACAGCUAGGGAUUUCAGAUGCUGACUUCGCAACCGAGGGCCUGAGAAAAUUUCCCAGAAUGCUUUACGUCAUCAUUUGCAGACUGAACGCGCGAAAUUUAGGGAUAGGGCUGAAAAGUAGGGCUAGGGGGGGGCUGGCCCUUAGGAUGGUUUACUUUGCUAAGGCUGGUAGGUGGAGUCGUUGGGAUCUUGAACAGUCAACACAGUCAACAUGAGUGAUCCAAUUUAAUAGACUAUGCAAAUAUUAAAAUAGUUAUUUAAUUUACUCUAUUCCUCCAAUGAGCAGCUAAACAAUAUGCUUGUUUGUGAGACUGUGGUUUAAAGGAACACUCUGUAAAGUGUUUUCAAGUCUAGAA